UCUAGUCGGAUAUUCCCUCUCCCCCUCUACCACCCCUGUUGCCGACGAGUAAACAUUGGGAGCCUUUGGGUCCUUAAGAACCCCAAACCCAGAACCAAUUUGAGGCAACCAUUAUCAGACCCUCCUCGGCUCCUUCUUCCCCAAGUGAAAUGCAUAUGUAGAAAGCCACCCAAAAACCCCAAAAUGUCAGAUGUAAAAUCCAAAAAGUCACAGCUGUUAAUGGUGGUCGAGCAGACACCAUCCCCAUCGGCGGAAGCCAUAGAAACUCAAUUGAGAGGGCCAACGAUCCUCACUGUCGUUUUCGAUGGCGCCGUCACACAAAAUCGUUGGUCUUCCAUGGCCUUGAGGAUGCUGAUUGCUCUGCCGUCCUUGAUUUCCCCCUUUCCUGCAACAAAAACCCCAAACCCCAAAUCCCUAAAUCUCUGUUUCGUUCUCACCAGCGACAGAGAUAGCGAACCCGAAUAUCCACAUCAUGCGCCAAAAGAUCUAUCCCUCCUCUCUGCAUCUACAACCCCAGCGUAUCGAAGAAAUCAAAACUGGAGCUCAUCGACACAAUCUUCAGAAUAUCCAGAUCUUGCCGUCGUCGAGCACUCGUCGAUCCCGAACCCAAAUCCCUUUCUCCGACACGAAUCGAGGCUGUGGAAUCGUCUUAUGGCCGACAAGACAAUGGGUGGAGAGAGGGAGCACGAUGGAGCGUCGGUCACUUGCAGGUCGGUGUGUGCAGCGGUUAGGUAGUGGGUGGAGAGAGGGAGCACGAUGGAGAUGAGGCGGCGCUGAGUGAACGGAAGGGGAAAGAAGAUAGAGGGGAGAGAAAUUAAAAAUGCUUAAUAAAUUUAUUUUUAUUAUUUUUUUAAUAUUUCCACCUCACACCGUUAUUGAUAAAAAUGUUGCCAGAUUAGCUUUUUCGUCAAUCUAGUCAGCACGUUAGAUAACACCGUUAAAGAAUUGGAUGGAAGUGGCUAUUUUGUGCAUUU